AUGUCCUUUGACGAUUUACACAAGGCCACUGCGCAAGCUUUAACCGGCGCAGUUGACGAAUUAGUCGCUGAAUUCGAAGUCACCCCAGAAAAAUUGGAUCAAUUGACCGCUCAUUUCAUUGAACAAAUGGAAAAGGGUUUGAAACCAACUGAAGAUAAAGCUACUGACAAAGGUUUACCAAUGAUCCCAUCUUUCGUUACUGGUACUCCAAAUGGUACAGAAAAGGGUAUCCUUUUAGCUGCUGAUUUAGGUGGUACUAACUUUAGAGUUUGUUCCGUGGAAUUACAUGGGGACCAUACUUAUACUAUGGAACAAAUGAAGUCAAAGAUUCCUGAAGAAUUGUUGGAUGAUGAAAACGCUACUAGUGAACAAUUGUUUGGUUAUUUGGCUCGUAGAACUUUGGCCUUCAUGAAGAAAUUCCAUCCUGAACAAAUUGAAGGUGGUAUCUCUGCUAAACCGUUAAGAAUGGGGUUCACUUUCUCAUACCCAGUCGAUCAAACUUCUUUGAAUUCAGGUACUUUGAUUAGAUGGACUAAAGGUUUCAAAAUUGCUGAUACUAUUGGUAGAGAUGUUGUUCAAUUAUAUCAAGAUGAAUUGAAGAAGAACGAAUUACCAAUGAUUAACGUUGUUGCUUUGACUAACGAUACUGUCGGUACUUUCUUAUCUCAUUGUUAUGCUUCUGAUAACACUGACUCUAUGACUACUGGUGAAAUUUCUGAACCAGUCAUUGGUUGUAUCUUUGGUACAGGUACAAAUGGUUGUUACAUGGAAGAAAUUAAAAAUAUUGUUAAAUUACCUGCCGAUGUCAAAAAGAAGUUGUUAGAUGAAGGUAAGACUCAUAUGGUUGUUAACACUGAAUGGGGUUCCUUCGAUAAUGAAUUAAAAGUUUUACCUACAACUAAAUAUGAUGUUGAUAUUGAUCAAAAAUACUCUGCUAACCCAGGUUUCCAUUUAUUUGAAAAGCGUGUUUCAGGUAUGUAUUUAGGUGAAGUAUUAAGAAACGUCCUUGUUGACCUACAUAAGCGUGGUUUAAUUUUCGCUCAAUAUCGUACUGAAAAGCAAUUACCACACCGUUUACAAACUCCAUUUGAAUUAGAUUCUGAAGUUUUAUCUCAUAUUGAAAUCGAUGAUUCCACUGGUUUACGUGAAACUGAAUUAUCCUUAUUACAAAGUUUAAGAUUACCAACCACUCCAAGUGAAAGACAUGAAAUUCAAAGAUUAGUUAGAGCUAUUUCACGUAGAUCUGCUUAUUUGGCUGCUGUCCCAAUUGCUGCUAUUAUAUUAAAGACUGGUACAUUAAAUAAGAGAUACCAUGGUGAAGUUGAAGUUGGUUGUGAUGGUUCCGUCAUUGAAUACUAUCCAGGUUUCAGAUCCAUGUUGAGACAUGCUUUAGCUUUAAGUCCAUUGGGUGCUGAAGGUGAACGUAAAAUUCAUAUCAAAUUAUCUAAAGAUGGUUCAUCUGCUGGUGCAGCUUUAUGUGCUUUAGUCGCUUGA